AUGGCCGGUCAAGCAACUCAGUCCAUAAAAUGCGUCGUGACAGGUGACGGUGCUGUUGGCAAGACUUGUCUACUCAUUUCAUACACCACCAAUGCCUUUCCAGGGGAAUACAUCCCGACCGUUUUCGACAACUAUUCGGCUAGUGUCAUGGUCGAUGGCAGGCCAGUCUCGCUAGGUCUGUGGGAUACAGCUGGACAGGAGGAUUACGACAGAUUGCGCCCGCUCUCUUACCCCCAGACCGAUGUCUUUUUGAUUUGCUUCUCCAUCGUCUCCCCACCCAGUUUUGACAACGUCAAGGCCAAGUGGCACCCUGAGAUCGAGCAUCACGCGCCGGGCGUUCCCAUAAUCCUAGUUGGUACCAAGCUGGAUCUGCGAGAAGACCGCGGAACUGCCGAGGGCCUUCGGGCCAAGAAAAUGGAGCCUGUCUCCUACGAGCAAGCUCUUGCCGUUGCUCGCGAGAUCAGAGCUGUCAAGUACCUUGAGUGCUCAGCGCUUACUCAGAGGAAUCUCAAGAGUGUGUUUGACGAGGCUAUCAGAGCCGUCCUUAACCCGCGUCCGACGCCAUCAAACAAGAAAAAGAGCAAAUGCACCAUCCUAUAA